AUGGCGGAUGCCGCCGGAAGAGCAGCUCUCGCUCGAGGAAGUCGAGCGGAAUGCUCGCCGGACAAACGCCGCGAGGCGCAAGGCUUCUCGCGAGGAGAAGGAGUCGACGGAGGCCCAACAUCAGCCGGAUUCGAGUCGGCUGCCCAGGAUGCGCACCACGUGUCCCUGGAUGCUGCCACCCCGGAUGACGAAGAGAAGGGGCCCCCGAGUGGCUCGGAAGUGAACUCCACCCCGGACUCAGAGGUGGAGGUUGUGGGUGUGUCCAUUCCGGAUGUGCCCACCCAGGCGUCUGUGGGAGGCGCCGUCAAGGUUGAGUCGUCGGCUGUGGAUGAACCAUCGGGAACGUCCCGGCCGGCCCAAGAUGUGAUCGUGCUGGACGACAACUCGGAUGAGUCCCCCUCGCAGGCGCGCACGAUCAAGGGAGAAGGACCGUUACCAGCCGUCCAGGAAGAGCCGGCGUCAAGCCUGCCGAACGAGACUCCGUUACCAAGCUCACCCGUUCCGAACGCCGCUCCGGAUGCGCCGCCCAGGGUGGCCACCUCGGAGGACCCCCAAAUGGUCAUCGACCUGAUUGGUCCUGGCGAAGAUUCCGGAGAGCAGGCGUCCGCCGCCCGGAUGAAGGAGUUCGUGGCCGACCAGCCCGACACCCGACUUUCAACAAUGGCGACGUCCCGAUACGUUGCGGCUCGUUUGACGAUGAUGCACCCGAGCGACAACUGGAUUUCGGAUUGGAGCUUGGUCCGACUGUCUCCGUGCACUGCCGCGGACGCCACUGCGGCCAUGAUCCCCAUGACCACGCUGUCACUGCGCGAGUGCGCCGCCCUGCUGCAGACGCUAUUCUUCGAGGCGGGAUUCAGAGUCACUGCGGGCGUCCCAACUCGAGUCAUGCCAGCGCUGAACGUUCAUGCACUGGGGGAUGCUGCCCUGGACGCGGUCAAGGAGGAACACCCGGACGACGACGUGCCAAUGUCGACCCGGGAAAUGGACGUGCUCGGUCGAGAAUGUCUUUUCCGGAUGAGGGUUGCUGAAGUCCGGCCGACCCGAAGUCCGGCGAGUUCAGCUGUGGGCCGCCCUGAAUCCAAGCGUCCGCAAUAUGGCCCGCCACGUCCGUCGUCAAUCCCGUCCAUGAGCUCCCACUUGUCCUACCGGUCUUCCAUCCCGGCGAGUCAAGAUGCGGACGCUCUGAGCACGCGGAUGUCUGUCUUCCAGAGUGCAGUUUCCCGACGAAGUUCAGGACGAGAGUCAAGUCUGUCUGGAACGACGGCCGCGGAUUCGGAGGAGUCGAACCCCAACGCCACGUCCGGUGGCUCAGCCCCCAUUCAGGGAGGCUGGGGCGUGCAAGUCACGGAGACGGUGCUCCCUACACCACCAGUGCCGGUGAACCAGGACGAUGUCGAUAUGUCGGAGUCGGGUCACACUAGCAUUCGGAGUGGUCACAGGUCGAGGACGUACCGGAGGCACACGCGCUCCCGAAGGUCAAGCCCAAGCAGUUCUUCCAGCGAAUCCAGCUCGGAGGAUGAAAGGCGCCGUGGCCGCCGAGGAUCCAAGCACCCUCGCUGUCCCAAGCGGUCGCCCAAGUCGAAGCGGUCGCCCAGUCGAUCCGUGAAGUCCGGAUGGUCAGUUCACUCCUCUGCGUCGAGAAUCUCCGAGAUAGCGCUGACCAUGAUGCGAGUCACGCAGGACGCCAUGGCUCGGGUGGAUGCGAGUGUUCAGGAGAUGAAGCAACAGCUCCAGGAUAAGGACAACGCCCCGGACCGGGAGCCCGAAGCCGCUGACGAGGGGAAGCGAAUCUUCCAGACCUACCAGGCCACUCAGCUGCUGGUCGGCCGGGAGGAUGCCCUGGAAAACCAAUGUGCCCUCGACACACAGGCCCCAGUUCAGGUGAUCAUGAGUGAGGCGACGGCUGUGAAGGCCCGCGAAGUCGUGGGAGCUAUCCAGGAAGAUGCCUUGAAGCGUGCGCGAGAAACCGUGAAGGCGGAGCGCGCGCAGGAAGAGCACCUCCGGUCCGAAGCUGAAGCCGCGAAGCUGCAAGUUCAGGAGGCCAGGAUGCAGAAGACCGUGGAAGAGCAGCGGAGAUUACUGGAAGAACAGCAGAAGCUCUUUGACCGAAGGAUCGCUUUGCUAGAAGCAGCCCAGUCGAGGGACAAGGCGGCCGGCCCUGACCAGGGGAAUGUUCGGAGAACGCGUUCGCGCGACACUCGGACGACAUCAUCCCAGGUUCAAGGAGCUCAAGCGACACCCGCACCUGAUCCGACUGUUCAGUGGCGUCAUCACUGGACACAUGGCGACCUUCCAGCUGCCCAGCUUCAAGCAACGCUGGCGCCGAUGACUGGUGUUAAGUAUGAGAGGGAAGAGUCGACGCCCAGGGUUGUUCCAUCGAAAGCAACCCAAGCGACGAUCGAGAAGUCGGGACCCAAGCCGGCUGCCUCCUCUCGUUCGGAGACCAAGAAAACGGCUGCCCGGAAGGACUCACUCAAGAAGCGAUCGAAUAAACGUGGAGACCCCUCGGACGACAGCUCAAGCUCGGACUCGAGCGAGGAGGACUCAAGCGAUGAAGACUCCGACAGCUCGUCCGGCGAGGUGCCCACCAACGUGGCGACGGCGACGACCCAAGGCGGGACGACGAUGAAUUGGAGAGGCCAGCUCUCUCGGCACGACCGCCAGGACUGGACCAGGUUGUCCAAGGCCUUCCGCCGCGAGUACUGCAAGUCCAAGGCACUGGCGUUCCUGUACCGCCUGAACAUCGCGGCGGAGCACGCGAAGGUGGAUUUCCGGAAGUCGAGCAAGCAGCGCGAGAUGCAUAUCCGCCAGUUCAUCCGGAUCCUCCACGACGAGCCGACCAAGGCAGCUGUGGAAAGCCACCGGUUCAAGAAGGUGGCAGAUCUGGAGUACAUCCUGAAGUGUCGAGAGGAACUGCACCACGGCGAUGACCCUCCCGCUCGAACGACGCAGGCUCGCGACUUCCGCGCGGACAACGUUCCCCGGGACCGUUUCCGGUCCAAGCACCGGGAUCGAGCAUUAGUGGUGACCGCAGAGUCUGACUCGGAGCCAGACAGCCCGGAUGGGACAGAAGAAGCAGUGGAGCGCCGCGGUCCCGUGGCCGAAACUCCCGCCAUCCAGGAAGUUCAUGACGUGAGCGCCCCAAGACGAUGCGAGGACUGGAGAGUGUUCCAAGAGGUCAAGAAGCUGGUGCGCGAGGAAGGCCUGACUGACCUGCCAAGCCAUGUGCGGGAGGACAUCCUGAAUGGCGAGGCCAGUUCUGAGGGGAAGCAGUUAAACCACUAA